CACCCGCCAUCUGGUCUCGGUGGCCUGUCUGUCAUUUCGUGGGUCCCCAUCCUCUGCCUACGGCGAUGUUUCUUCAACAAGAACUAGGGUGCAGCCCAUUGAUAGCUGAUCAGCUUCCUUGGAUUUUGCUGAUGACCCAGGAGAGCUUUGCCUGAAGAUGGAAACGCUGGAGUCGGAGCUGACCUGCCCUAUUUGUCUGGAGCUCUUUGAGGACCCUCUCCUGCUACCCUGUGCACACAGCCUCUGCUUCAACUGCGCCCACCGCAUCCUGGUGUCACACUGCGCCACCAACGAGUCUGUGGAGUCCAUCACCGCCUUCCAGUGCCCCACCUGCCGACAUGUCAUCACGCUCAGCCAGCGAGGUCUAGACGGACUCAAGCGCAACGUCACCCUGCAGAACAUCAUCGACAGGUUCCAGAAGGCAUCCGUGAGCGGGCCCAAUUCCCCUAGCGAGACCCGCCGGGAGCGGGCAUUCGACGCCAACACCAUGACCUCCGCCGAGAAAGUUCUCUGCCAGUUCUGUGACCAGGAUCCUGCCCAGGAUGCUGUGAAGACCUGUGUCACUUGUGAAGUGUCCUACUGUGAUGAGUGCCUGAAAGCCACUCACCCAAACAAGAAGCCCUUUACAGGCCAUCGUCUGAUUGAGCCAAUUCCGGACUCGCACAUCCGGGGGCUGAUGUGCCUGGAGCAUGAGGAUGAGAAGGUGAAUAUGUACUGUGUGACUGAUGACCAGUUAAUCUGUGCCUUGUGUAAACUGGUUGGGCGGCACCGAGAUCAUCAGGUGGCAGCUUUGAGUGAGCGCUAUGACAAAUUGAAGCAAAACUUGGAGAGUAACCUCACCAGCCUUAUCAAGAGGAACACGGAACUGGAGACCCUUUUGGCUAAACUCAUCCAAACCUGUCAGCAUGUGGAGGUCAAUGCAUCACGUCAAGAAGCCAAAUUGAUGGAGGAGUGUGAUCUUCUCAUUGAGAUCAUUCAGCAGAGACGACAGAUUAUUGGAACCAAGAUCAAAGAAGGGAAGGUGAUGAGGCUUCGCAAACUGGCUCAGCAGAUUGCAAACUGCAAGCAGUGCAUCGAGCGGUCCGCGUCCCUCAUCUCCCAGGCGGAACACUCUCUGAAGGAGAAUGAUCAUGCGCGGUUCCUACAGACGGCUAAGAAUAUCACCGAGAGAGUCUCCAUGGCAACUGCAUCAUCCCAGGUCCUAAUUCCUGAAAUCAACCUCAAUGACACAUUUGACACCUUUGCCUUAGAUUUUUCCCGAGAGAAGAAAUUGCUAGAAUGUCUGGAUUACCUUACAGCUCCCAACCCUCCCACGAUUAGAGAAGAGCUCUGCACCGCUUCCUAUGACACCAUCACCGUUCAUUGGACCUCCGAUGAUGAGUUCAGUGUGGUUUCCUAUGAGCUCCAGUACACCAUAUUCACCGGACAAGCCAACGUUGUUAGUCUGUGUAACUCUGCCGAUAGCUGGAUGAUUGUGCCCAACAUCAAGCAGAACCACUACACGGUCCAUGGUCUGCAGAGUGGCACCAAGUACAUCUUCAUCGUCAAGGCCAUCAACCAGGCGGGCAGCCGCAGCAGUGAGCCUGGGAAGUUGAAGACAAACAGCCAGCCAUUUAAACUGGACCCCAAGUCUGCACAUCGAAAGCUGAAGGUGUCCCACGAUAACUUGACAGUAGAACGUGAUGAGUCAUCCUCCAAAAAGAGCCACACGCCCGAACGCUUCACCAGCCAAGGGAGCUAUGGCGUAGCUGGAAAUGUGUUCAUUGAUAGCGGUCGGCAUUACUGGGAAGUGGUCAUAAGUGGGAGCACAUGGUAUGCCAUCGGCCUUGCUUACAAAUCGGCCCCGAAGCAUGAGUGGAUUGGGAAGAACUCUGCUUCUUGGGCACUGUGCCGCUGUCACAAUAACUGGGUGGUGAGACACAACAGCAAGGAAACCCCCAUCGAGCCAGCCCCCCACCUCCGGCGCGUCGGCAUCCUGCUGGACUAUGACAAUGGUUCCAUCGCCUUCUACGAUGCUUUGAACUCCAUCCACCUCUACACCUUCGACAUCACCUUCUCGCAGCCUGUGUGCCCCACCUUCACAGUGUGGAACAAGUGCUUGACCAUUAUAACUGGCCUUCCCAUCCCAGACCAUCUGGACUGCACAGAGCAGGCGCCAUGAGCACCUGGCCACAUGGAGCUGCUUUCUGGGGCAUAAAAGGGUCGUGGCCACCAUUUCAGGGACAGAGAAAGCACAGGCUUCCAGAGUGUGAUUAAAUGUCGCCAAAAAGUGUCCAGAAACAUCGACUAGGAUAGGACUCAACAUAGGCGAUUCUCCCCUUUUACUGUCUUUUGUAUUAAGUACAUGCUUUAAUAAUUUCUUCAAAUUUGUCCUGUGAUUGCAGGAAAAUUUAUAGAUUAUUUAUGAAAGAAACAUAACCGGAAUUACAACUCUUAGACAUGAUCUGGUUUUGCACAUUAAGAGGCCCAGAAGUUUGCCAGCUCUUUACAACAACCUUUGUGUCAUCGCGCUCUGUGGGCUUGAGAAAACCAAAUCUUUUGUAGUUUCGUACGCUCAUUCAGCUUCUCACAUCGUCGUGUCAUACUGAUCCCAUCUUGGGUCCUGUCGCCUCGACGGUGCAUAACAGAAUAUGCAGUUACCUUAAAAAAAAAAAUAGUUUUGAACCUAGUAGGGCAGCAACUGGGCUUUCUUAGUCUGCUUUAUUUUGAAGUGUUUUCAGUGUGAUGUCAAAACCGUCUUGGAUCAACUAGAACGGAGAGCAAGAGGGAGAGCGGAAAGAAUUGACUUUAAGAAUUGACGUUAAGAAUGAGCUUGCCAUUGAAAAUAGUCACUUUGAAUCCUACUGAUUAUUCAGAACGUCAGAGGCUGAUUUGUCUUUGAUCGGAAGUAGGGUUCUGUUUCGUGACCUAAAUCCAUUUCAUUCUCUUCCUUUUAAUAGUUUCUUCAGGCCUGUGACAUUGCUUUGCUACAUUUGAUAGCUGUCCUAUCUCCCUCUCCCCCAAAUCAUUUUUCUUUUGUUGCUGGGGCUGAGGAAGUAAACAUUUUCUGUUAGAAAUGGCAGCACCACUUUGGAUUGACUUUGCUCUCCAGGACAUCAACACAUGGCCCUGACUGUCUCUACCACGUCCAAAUAUGACCCACCCCAAAACACUUAAUAUUUAUGAGUUGGUAAUGACAAGGGACAUUGCAUAAAGUACUCUUUACUAGUAUACGUGCCUCGAAAGUUAUAAACAGACUUUUAUUAAACACAUCUCGAAAGAUGUAGCGGUCCCUCUGUAUUCUAGUAUAGUUCACUAUAGAGUUGUAAAACAAAAAACAAAAAAACAAAACAAAAAAAGAACAAAACAAACAAACAAACAACAAAAAAAAAAACC